UACGCCUCCCUCUUUCGUUUUCGAGAUCAGGGUUUGUCUCCCUUCGAUCUCUUUCUUCCCGCUUUUAGGGUUUUGCUUCCCUUCAAACGGAUCAACCAUCCCCUUCAAUCGAUUUUUGAUUUUCUUUCCUGUUCGUUCUAUUUAUUCCGAAGAUGAUGCAACCAUCCAACGGCGCUGUUCCCUCUCAGAUGUCUAUGGAUCCACAGCAGCAGCAGCAGCAGUAUCAACAUCAAUACCAGCAGCCACCGCCGCACCAACAGUGGAUGACGAUGCCGGGUCAACAGCAGCAGCAACAACCGCCGCAGCAUCAGGCGUACCAGUCUCAGCCUCCACCUAUGUGGGGGCAACAGAUGCAGCAGUCUGCGAUUCCUCCUCACCAGCAGAAUCAGUCACACUCGAUGCAGAUUCAGUCCCAGCAACAGAACUACCCAUCUUCUGGUGCCCAGCAGACUGCUUCGAAUGAACUUAAGUCUCUCUGGAUUGGGGAUCUGCAGUACUGGAUGGAUGAAAACUACCUAUGGAGCUGUUUCGCGCAUGCUGGAGAGGUUAGCGCAGUGAAGAUGAUUCGCAACAGGCAGAGUCAACAGCCUGAGGGAUAUGGUUUCAUUGAAUUUGCUUCCCAUGCUGCAGCAGAAAAAAUAUUGCAGACUUAUAAUGGUACUCAAAUGCCAAGUUCUGACCAGUUGUUCAGAUUGAAUUGGGCCACUCUUGGUUCAGGUGAAAGGCGUGAUGAUACCCCUGAUUUCACAUUAUUUGUUGGGGAUUUAGCUGCCGAUGUUACUGACCUUUUUCUACAAGAAAUAUUCAAGGCCAACUAUGCAUCAGUUAAAGGUGCUAAAGUUGUCUCAGACAGAAUGACUGGUCGCUCAAAGGGAUAUGGUUUUGUUAAGUUUGCAGAUGAGAACGAACAAAUCCGUGCCAUGACUGAGAUGAAUGGAGUUAUGUGUUCAUCCAGGCCAAUGCGAAUUGGAGCUGCUGCGACCAAGAAAACUAGUGGCCAGCAAUAUGAGAAAGCUCCCUACCAGCCCUCUCAUGGAAGCGAAGGCGAGACAGAUCCGAAUAAUACAACUAUAUUUGUUGGUGGACUUGAUGAGGGUGUAACAGACGACUAUCUUAGACAAGUGUUCGGUCAAUAUGGGGAUUUGGUUCAUGUGAAAAUUCCUGCUGGCAAACGUUGUGGCUUUGUUCAAUUUGCUGAUAGAGCAAGUGCUGAGCAAGCAUUGUCAAUGUUGAAUGGAACUCAGAUAGGAACUCAGAAUGUUAGACUUUCAUGGGGUCGUAGCCCUUCAAAUAAGCAGACUGCUCCUUCUGAUCAAGGUCAAUGGAAUGGUGGUGCUGGGGCCGGUGGUGCUGGUGCUGGUGCAUACUAUGGUGGUUAUGGUCAAGGAGGAGGUGGAGGAGGUUAUGAAGGAUAUGGAUCAUAUGGUCAAACUCAACAACAGGACCCUAAUAUGUAUUAUGGUGGUGCUGGUUAUAAUGCUGGCUAUGGAAAUUACCAACAGCAGCCACAACAGUGAUCAAUGAAAAAACUUGAAGAUGUACAUCACCAAUGGACCUAAUUUUGCUAGUGAUAUCAUUUUGGGUUUUGUGUGGUUAAUUGACUAUGUUGUUCCUUUUCCUUCUUUUUUCUUACAUGCAAUUGAGUUUGUGUGGUCUUUUGGUGUUUAAGUAGUAGUACUCUUUCUCUGUCAUUUGGUUUUGUAUUAUGGAUGUUGUGGUGACAGUAACAUGAGAGAUUCUUAGAAUUUUUCAUUGUGGCUUAUGUUACAUUAUCUAUCCUUUUUUAUCUUGAUUGAGUCUUGUUAUUGACAAAAUUAUUAACCCUUUAAAUAUUAUGUCCAUCUUUGAUCU